CCAAUAAACCCCAGCAGCAGAGGAGCACACUUCCGACCGACCAUGGAGCUCUACAGCCUAAGACGUAUUUUCUGGUUUCUUAUUCUCACAACAGGACAGUGUGCAACAGCCUCGGAUUCAGAAGUCAUGCUAAAAAUGGAUGAAGCAUUAUUAACAGUCCAAAAUCAGAUGUCCUAUGGCUUGCAUGUUCUCUACACUUCAGAUUACUGUUACAAGUGUCUGUAUCAGCCUUUGGCCAGCAUGGAGGCUGGACCAGGAAAUGUGUCUGUAGUGGUGAGCACUCCUUUCACUCUGACUCUGAAAGUCACUUCUGUGAAUGGCAGUAGCACUUUGUGCAGUUUAAGCUACUCCUUUGAAGAGGCAGGGCAUUAUUCUCUUUGGGUGAGGCCUGGAGAUACAAACCUGGAAUUUAAUGUGACCUGCUUUGUCUCAGUGGACAAGUCUCCAAAUGAUACCUAUCUACCGCUGCUGGUGGCUGCCCUGGUUUUAGCCCUGUUGGCUUUUCUCUGGGUCUGUGUGCCUCUUCUCCUCAGAUGUAGCUGCAUGUCCAAACUCAGGAAUUAUAUGUGCUGCAAUAGAUCUCAAUACUCCAUGGAAAGGGAGGAGGCAAUUACUGAGGCCUGCGUGGACCAAAACCGGCCAAAAUCAUCUCGUCUUAAAUCAUUAGACACGUUCCGAGGUUUCUCCUUAACAAUCAUGGUAUUUGUGAACUAUGGAGGUGGAGGAUACUGGUUCCUUCAACAUGCACCAUGGAAUGGCCUUACUGUAGCUGAUCUUGUGAUGCCUUGGUUUGUGUUCAUCAUUGGAACGUCUGUAACGCUAGCAUUCAGCUCAAUGCGAAGGAAAGGUGUGACAAGACUUCAACUCUUGCGCAAGCUGACCUGGAGAACGGUGGUGCUGUUGCUCAUCGGCUUCUGUUUCAUCAACUACAGCCCCAGAGAUGGGUUAUUAUCCUUAUCCUGGCUGCGGAUACCUGGAGUGCUUCAGCGUCUGGCGUUCACAUACUUUGUCCUGUCACUGAUGCAGACGUUUUCGCCCUACCGAGAGAUCCCACCAAAGGAGAUCCGCUGGUGGAGCCCUGUUCAGGACGUGGUGCUCUACUGGCCAGAGUGGAUCUUCAUUCUGCUGCUGGAGGCAAUGUGGCUGUGCGUCACCUUCCUGCUGCCUGUGCCCAACUGCCCCACUGGGUAUUUGGGCGCUGGAGGAAUAGGCGAUAACGGUCUGUACCCUAACUGCACAGGAGGAGCAGCUGCAUAUAUAGACAGAUGGUUAUUAGGAGACAACAUCUACUGGUACCCAACAUGCAAGGCCAUGUAUCAUACAACUCAGCCCUUUGACCCAGAAGGUGUUCUUGGUACCAUCAAUUCAAUUGUACUGGGAUUCAUUGGGAUGCAAGCAGGGAAGAUUUUCCUCUUCUUCCGCAAAAUGAACUGGAACAUCAUGAUACGUUUCACAAUCUGGACCAUCACACUGGGAAUCUUGGCGGCCAUCCUUUCUAAGUGCACACGAGACGAAGGAUUUAUACCUGUCAAUAAAAACCUUUGGUCUCUGUCCUAUGUAGCCUGCAUGGGCUGCAUGUCCUUUGCAUUGCUUGGUGUUAUAUACUUUGUCGUGGACGUCAAGGGAUGGUGGGGUGGCCAACCUUUCAUUUAUCCAGGAAUGAACUCCAUCUUUGUCUAUGUGGGCCAUUCUCUGUUGGGCUUCUACUUUCCCUUCAGCUGGGAGAUGCGUUUCCAGGACAGUCACUGGGAGAAGCUCUUCCAGAACCUUUGGGGCACUGCACUCUGGAUCUUCAUCGCUUAUCUGCUCUACCGCAAACAUUUCUUCCUCAAAAUCUGAUUUAAAAAUAUGUUUGACUGUACAUCACAGAACAAAACACAGCCCUUCUGUACAUUCUUACACUGUCUUCAGGAUAUUUGCUUACUUUUUACUUGAUUGUUUCUAUGUAGAUUGGAUGCUUAGGUAGACAGAUGGUUAGAUGACCCGACUUCUGCCUUUUUUUUCCUUUUUCACUCAAAUUAGUGCAUCUACAUUAGCCUAGAUGUGUUAGUUUGGUCCAUAAAACUGAAUGUAGAGUAUUCCGUCACUCAAUUAGUAAAUAGGUGUCUGUGGUGAAAGCAGAGUAUCUGAUUUACUGUCUCCUGAAGACACCUGGGAUGUUUUAUUUGAUGUCAGCUGUGUAAGGCCCUGAAUGUACUGAUUAAAUCAAACAGACUGAAGUGGUACUUAACAAAUUAGAAUGAGUGAUUCCACCACUUCAGGGGUGGCCAUUAUGAAUCGGUUGCCAUAGCCACCCCCCCCAACCAAGUGCCGUGAGACAGAGAGUGGGUACC